UUUGGAAAAGAAAGUGGAAAUCUAAGAGUUUUUUAGUCACACCACUCAUCAACCCAACUUCAACAACCACUCCACUCAACUCUUAAACUCUACAAGAGAGAGAGAUAGCGAGAGAGAAAGGUGUGAAAGAGAUUCAUGGCAGAGGCUUGCAGAGUGAGGAGGAUGAAGUUAGGAAGCCAAGGCCUUGAGGUAUCGGCGCAAGGCCUUGGUUGCAUGGCCCUAUCUGCUCGCUACGGUGCACCCAAGCCACAAACUGAAGCCAUCGUUCUCCUUCAUCACGCUAUUCGUUCAGGCGUUACUUUCUUUGACACCUCUGACAUGUACGGUCCUGAGACCAACGAGUUGCUCCUCGGAAAGGCUUUGAAAGAUGGGGUGAGGGAGAAAGUGGAGCUUGCGACCAAAUUUGGGUUCUUUAUAGUAGAGGGGGAAACAGAGAUAAGAGGAGAUCCUGCUUAUGUUAGGGCUGCUUGUGAGGCUAGUUUGAAGCGGCUAGAUGUUGCUUGCAUUGAUCUUUAUUAUCAGCAUCGUGUCGAUACUCGUGUACCUAUCGAAAUCACUAUGGGAGAACUGAAGAAGCUAGUGGAAGAAGGUAAAGUAAAGUAUAUCGGAUUGUCUGAAGCUUCAGCUUCAACUAUCAGAAGGGCACAUGCUGUUCACCCGAUAACCGCGGUGCAAAUAGAAUGGUCCUUAUGGUCGAGAGAUGCGGAAGAAGACAUCAUUCCUACCUGCAGGUGUGAGAAAGCAGAAUCAGACAUAACUGUCCUCUUUCUUUACAUGUUUCUUUUAUUAAUACUAGGAAAGCGACCCGUGCGUUGCCGCAAGGGGAGGUGAAAUCCUAAAUUGAAAUUUAACAUUUGUAAUUCAUCCUAAAUUCUUUCUUUUCUCAAUCAAUUUGAUCAUUUUCACUU